CUUCCACACAAAAGUAUAUGUUGAUUAUACGUUAUAAUUUUAUUAUUUUUUUCUAUACAUUUGUCACUUUGCACUAAAUUACAUUUUAAAGAUAUUGUUUAGAAAAAAAAAAAUCUACAUGCGGCCGUUUCUCUUCUUUUGCCAUUCAACUGUUCCCAUAGUUACUAAAUGUUUUCAGAAGUGCUUUUGGUGUGAGGGACUGCAGGGUUUGUCGAUUUGCUUUGGUUGUGGGAAACAAACGUAAGGCCUCUAUAGGAUUUUUACUUUCUUUAAGUGAUUUUAUAAACUUUUACGUCUUUUACGUGUUGUCAAUAUGAAGCCACCUGAUGACUGUGCUGAGACCCCAGAAAUGAAAAAGAAACCAGAUUUGUAUGGGCAGCUCAUAAUAAAAGAAAAGGCUGAUAAACAUUAUGAAGCAGGUGUUGGUGCCAUGUCACAGUCUCAGUUUGACAAGGCUGUGUCUUGUUUCUCAAAGGCCAUACUGCUCCAGUCACACCAGACUCAGUUUUAUGUCCAGCGAGCAGAAGCAUAUCUUCAGCUGUGUGACUUCCAGUCUGCAGCACUAGAUUACAAACACGCCUGCAGUCUGCAACCAGAGACUGAGGCCUACCCUCAACGACUCGCCUUCAUAUACUACCUACAGGGCCAGUGUCUUUUUGAUUUGGGGAAGUUUCUGGAGGCUCUGGAGUCUUUCACAAAAGCUGCAGAACUCAAACCCUACUUCCGGCCUUAUCACAUGAGAAGCUUGGCAUGUCUGACUGCUCUGGGCCGCUACUCUGAGAGUCUUCAGUUGGUCAGUAACUGGCUGGAGACGGACGGCCAGUCAGCUGACCUCCUCAUUCUGAGAGCUCGCCUUUACCACCAGCUCAAUCAGAUGACUUUGUGCUAUCAUGACUUGAGGUCAGCACUCAGGCUGAAACCAUGCUGUCCAGUUGCACUUGCACUGUUGAAGAGGCUAAAGGAGGCAGCAGAGCAUUCCCAUCAGGCGGCUGUUGAUAAGGCAUUGAAGGGAGAGCUUUCAGAUGCACUGAGGAAAAUAAACAGCGCUCUGGAGUAUAACCCCAGUAAAGCGCAGUACUACCUCUUUAGGGGGAUACUUUAUCGGCGCCUGAGAGACUUCACUGCUGCCAUUGAGGAUUUAGUUCUUGCUGCUGAAUUCUGUGGAGUUGAAGAAGAUCCUCCUCAGGAACACAUGCAAGACAACUCAGAGGAUUUAGAGGAAGAUGCUCAGACACAACUGGUGCUCACAUACAAUGAUUUUGCAAUUCAGUGCUUCUCCCACAGUCUGCACAGCGAAGCCAUCAUGCUGCUGAACAAGGCCAUAGAGAAACAGAGAGACGCAAGUGAGCUGUUCAUCAACAGAGGAGAUUGUUUUUUUAAGCUUUGUGAUUGGAUCUUUGCAUUGGCUGACUAUCAGCAAGCAGAGGAGAUGGACCCGGACAACACAACUAUCUGGCUACGACUUGCUGUUAUUCACAACACAAUGGGUCUGCACAGCUAUAAUGACAAGAAGUACCAGGAAGCAGCAGACAAGUUUUCUGUUGCAAUACGGUACAACCCUGGUGUAGCUCAGUACUAUGAGAAUCGAGCCAAAGCUUACAGCAAAGUGGCCAAAAUGGAAGAGGCCAAGAAGGAUGCCAUCAGUGUUCUUAUCUUAGAGCCCACCAAUGACCAGGCAAGUUUCUCAUCUCUUUGUCACAUUCCCAAAAUAUGGUGGAUGUUCCCUGCUUAA